AUGGGUCUAGCAUUUAAGGUCAAAAAUGAGUCAAUGAGUGAUGCCAUUAUGGUGGAAGAUAUAGAUCAGGAGGAUAAAGGAGAAUAUAAAGAGUUUACUUACUCUCCUGAGGAAGAAAGUCAGUUGGUACGUAGACUUGAUUGUUUUUUGUUGAUAACGAUAUUCUGGAUGUAUUUAUUGUCAUAUAUGGAUAGAACUAAUGUAGGAAAUGCUUAUAAAAGUGGUAUGGAUGUUGAUUUAGGUCUUAGUUCAUCGGAUUAUCUGAUAGUGUUGAUUGUGUUUUUCAUAUUUUAUGUGGUUUUUGAAGUGCCAGCUAAUUUAGUCAUGGUUAGAAUAGGUGCUGCUAGAUUUGUACCUAGUAUCAUGUGUGCUUGGGGAGUUUCAACUGGUUUGACUGCCCUUGUUAAUAGUUAUGCUCAAUUAAUUGGUUUAAGAGUUGUUACUGCAUUUUUUGAAGCAGGUUUUGCCCCUUCUAUCCUUUUAAUUCUAUCAAGUUGGUACCGGAAAAAUGAACAGAGCAAAAGAUUUUCAGCAUAUAUCAGUGCAGCCAUCUUAUCGGGAGCUUUUGGGGGAUUGAUAGCUGGUUUGAUAACACAACAUCUUCAUGGUGCUAGAGGAAUUGCUGGUUGGAGAUGGCUUUUCAUAAUAGAGGGAUCAGCUACGGUUGUGAUUGGUAUUAUUGGAUUCUUCACCUUGCUUCCCCUUCCUCAACAUAUGAAACCUUCCAGGUUCUUUACCGAACGUCAUAUUCAAAUAGCAAUAGCCAGACUUAAGAAGGAUAACGUGGAGAGUAAUUUAGGUCACGACAUCACCCCUUUGAAUGCUUUACUUCGAAAUAUCAAAAACCCUCAGGUUGUCAUGUUAAUCAUAGGAUACAUGGUUAUAGUUGGAUCAAGUACACUUUCAUAUUUUUACCCUACUUUGGUAGGCGGAUUAGGGUAUACAGGAUUCAUGAUCCAGUACAUGACUAUCCCCAUAUACGCCUCAGCAUUUUGCUGUAAUUUGACUGUGGGGUAUUUCAGUGAUAGAAACAUCAAAUACAGGGGGUACACCUUAUCAGUACUUCUAUUGAUAGCUUGUGUAUUUGCCAUAGUGGUGGUGACUUGUUAUGGAUUCAAACUUCGAUAUGCUAUGUUAUGUUUAAUGGCAUCUACCCUUUGGUCCAGUAACGCAUUGGCAUUAUCCUACGCAUCGUCUAUUCUCUCCACUCGAGAUUCUAAGACCAGAGGUGUAGGCUUAGCUCUCAUUAAUGCACUUGGAAAUCUAGCACAGAUUUAUGGGGCUUAUUUAUUCCCCACAAAAGAUUCCCCCAAAUACAUCAAAGGGUUUGGGGUCAUUGCUGGGAUGUGUGCUGUUGGCUGUGGAACCUAUGGUAUUCUUGCCACCUACAAAGCUCGUAAACUGUCCAAGUCCACUACCACUGAUAGUCCCCACUCUGAAGCCUAA